AACACAAAAUUUCGGGGCCCACCUACCCAUAGCCAACUAUCACGAAGAUGUCUGGUGGACGUGCUGCUGCCUCAGGAACGAAGUUCAGAAUGACCUUGGGUCUUCCUGUCCAAGCCAUUAUGAACUGUGCCGAUAACUCUGGUGCCAAGAACCUCUACAUCGUUUCCGUUUUUGGCACUGGCGCUCGUCUCAACCGUCUUCCCGCUGCUGCUUGUGGUGACAUGGUUCUGGCCACCGUCAAGAAGGGUAAGCCUGACUUGCGUAAGAAGAUCAUGCCCGCCAUUAUCGUCCGCCAACGCAAGGCCUGGCGCCGUAAGGACGGCGUGUACCUCUACUUCGAGGACAACGCUGGUGUCAUCGUCAACCCUAAGGGUGAGAUGAAGGGUUCCGCCAUCACUGGUCCCGUCGCCAAGGAGUGCGCUGACCUCUGGCCUCGUAUUGCUUCUAACGCCGGUACUGUCGUUUAAACCUGUUGCAACAGUAAAAAAGAGGUUAUGAGAGAAUUGUGGGGUAGCGCGACGAAAAGGUCGGCGUCCUGUGUCAUUGGUGCGGGUAGAGCGUGAUAGUCGAUGCGGUACGGCGGCUAGGACGGUGAUUGGAAGGAAGCGCAAAUUUUUACCCAAUCACAAAAGGGGUAAAAAUUACCCGCACCAAUAGAAAAAGGUGCCGCCCUACGGCCUCAUACCUCGAGACACUUCCCCUGCCGCCGCCCUAAAGGUAAUAAAAACUUUAAAUUGUAUACAAAAACAGCUGGUGCACCUGUGUGGAAGGAGCCUGUAAGAGGCGUCGUAGAGACAUUAAAAAGUAG